AUGUCGAUUAAGUCGAUGCUUAGGGAGCUUAGUGGAAUAACCUGCGGUAUGGACAAUAGUUUAAGGAAACAGGGUGAGAGGAAGAGUGGGAUAGGCCGGGGAAGAUCGCAUAUAGCCCCGGAAAGUCCCCUCCCAUCAGUAUCAUCUGAGCCUAAGUUUACUCAGCAAAGUCAGUGGUCCAAUUUACCAUCAGAAUUGCUUCUUGAUAUCAUCCGUCGAGUCGAAUCUAGUGAGACUUCCUGGCCUGCUAGAAGGGAUGUGGUUGCUUGCGCCGCUGUUUGCCGGUCAUGGCGAGAAGUAACUAAGGAAGUUGUUAGGACACCUGAACAAUGUGGCCUGAUCACUUUUCCCAUUUCACUCAAACAGCCUGGACCAAGAGAUAACCCAAUCCAGUGUUUUAUCCGAAGAGAAAGGGGAUCUUCAACUUUUAGACUGUAUUUGGGAUUGAGUCCUGCACUUUCAGGAAACGCAAGUAAGCUCUUGUUAGCGGCCAAAAAAGUUAGAAGGGCCACGAAAACAGACUUUCUAAUAUCUUUUGCUUCUGACGAUUUCUCUCGAGUUAAUGAAAACUAUGUUGGGAGAUUGAGGUCCAAUUUCCUUGGUACCAAGUUCAUCAUUUACGAUUCUCAGGCCACAUUCAACUCCCUGAUCUCUUCGAGAGGCCAGUUGCAUGACCCCCCAAAGAAAGCAUUACCUAGGUCAUUCCUUCGGAACUACAAUGUAGCUUCAAUAAGCUAUGAGUUGAAUGUUCUCCGCACAAGAGGACCUAGAAGAAUGAAUUGCACCAUGCACAGUAUUCCUGUUUCUGCACUUCAGGAUGGGGGAAUUGCACCUACUCCUGAUACAUUUGGAUACUUCUGUGAGGGGGAACCGUCUUGCACUUCUUGUAUAAAGGGGAAUAACAAAGAAUCUAACUCCAAUAUUGUUGCUGAGGAAUCAGAAUCAUGUCACAACACCAGCAAUCCUCUAGUAUUGAGAAACAAAUCUCCUAGAUGGCAUGAGCAAUUGCAAUGCUGGUGCUUAAAUUUCAAAGGGCGUGUCACGGUGGCCUCUGUCAAGAACUUUCAGCUGGUGGCAGCUAUUGAACCGUCAGAGGCUCUUCCUGUGGAAGAACUUGAUAAAGUUAUCCUACAGUUUGGGAAGAUUGGAAAAGACAUUUUUACUAUGGAUUAUCGCUAUCCACUUUCUGCCUUCCAGGCUUUUGCAAUCUGUUUGAGCAGCUUUGAUACUAAGCCAGCUUGCGAGUAG